AUGGGCAUUGACAAGAAGAAGAUAAAGCGGCAAAAACAGGAACGUACCAAUAGCACGCCAGGCCAAGAUGAACUCCAACAGCAGGAUGGUGUCAACAACCCCAAACACAAGAAUGAAUGCAACAAACAAAGCAACCUCACAACAGACAAUGCUACAACAACAACUACCCCAACACAAGCACAAGAUACGAUCGAUGUCAGAACCAGUGAAGAGGCUCAGCUGGAGAACAAUCAAGUCAGCAGUACCGCCAACCAAAUGCAAGAGGCUGACCCACAAUCAACCGUUAGCAUAACAAACGACAAAGAAGAAGAAAACAACGAAGAGGAGGUAUCACAAGCACUGCAAGACCAAGAGACAACCCGUGUUGAAAUUCAACCCCAUAGUGAACCUCAAACAGACGAAGGCAUCACAGAACAGGAAGUUUGUGUACAAGAGAUUUCCAGUGCCACAACAUUGCAGAUCACCAUCACGAGUACAAAGGACAAAGCCCAAGACAUCCCAGCCGAUGAGAAACUAGAGACUGUUAUACCUGACAAAGAAACAGUCGAUGCAGGCACGAAUAACCCACUCAUCAACACAGAGGAAACAAAUGAGUACGCUGAUCUCGAAGAUCAAGAACUUCAAACAACAACAUCUCAAGAGAAACACAAAGAAGGCGACCACAGAGAUACAACCAAUGAAGCAAACACACAGAUUGUUCCAGAGAAAGAACCAGAAACCAUCAAAGAAUACCCUACACCGUCGUACGAUGCCAAUUCCCCUGGCAGAGAGGUCAGUGCCAACCAGGUCGAGACUGGAAAACAAGACGGAAAAGACCACCAGCAAGACAUGACGGUUGACAAGGAAAAACAUGAUGCUAAGAAAAGCACAGACGACUCAAAUGAGGAUGGAGCAGAAACUGAACAAAAGGGUACAACGCAAAAAGAAGAAUAUAACAUGCCGCAAGAAACAGAAGGAGAACAAGAAAGGAACAACACUGGACAGGACAUAUCUUUUAGCAUCGAAGCAGGCACAAUGGAGAAAGGGGGCAAAGAUAGUGAUUCCAUCAACAAAGCCAUCGAAGACCUAUACAACGUUGGAUGA